CUCCGCAAAUGGUGAAUUAUUAUUUUUUAUUAUUAACAGAAUGGAGAAUUGGAGAGGUCUUUAUUGGCCGUUUACUACAUUAGUAGAUACCUGAAAAAAAUAUUCAAACAAGUAUUUUUUUUUUUUUUUCUCUCUCUCUCUCUCUCUCCCUCUCUCUCUCUCUCUCUCAAAACCGAUCAAAGAUUCGUUUUAUAUGCGACGGCCCGAUAUCUUCCAAGCCCGUCUAACCCUUACUGUCUCUCUCUCGAAACACGGUUUUUUACUUGUAUCCCAAGUUUAUUCUUUUUGUGAUUCCUUUAUGCUUUUGCGACCCUGUCCUCUCUCCGAUCUCUCUAUGUUAGAGACAAAACCUCUCAAUUUAAUCUCUCCUUCCUCCUCCAAACAUUUUUACAAUAUUCUCAAGUCUCUCAAACCUUUUAUCAGAGUCAGAGAGAUCAACCAUGAACAACAAUCAUACAGAUGAGAGAAUGCAAAAAUGCCGUGAAUAUAUUGAAGCUCUUGAAGAAGAGCGUCGCAAGAUUCAGGUCUUCGAACGCGAGCUUCCUCUGUGUUUAGAGCUUGUAACUCAAGCGAUUGGUGCGUGCAGGCAGCAGUUGGCUGGGACGACUACGGAGUCCGGGCAACAUUCUGAAUGUUCUGAACAAACAUCAACUGAUGAUGGGCCUGUUUUGGAAGAGUUCAUUCCUAUAAAGAAGACCAUAUCUUGUGAUGAAGAUGAAGAGGAUGAAAAAUCUCACCAACCCAAUAAUAUUGAUGGUAAUUGUAGCAACAAAAACAGAGAUAAUAAGAAGAUUAGUGACAAUUCCUUGACGAAAUCUGACUGGCUUCAAUCUGUUCAACUGUGGGAUCAAACACCAAAUCCAACCACCAAAGAGGACUCAUCAAGAAAGGUAUUAGUCACGGAGGUUCAGAGAAAUGGUGGUGGUGGUGGUGAUGGUGCCGAAAAAAGUUCUGGGAUAGCCCCAGAAUUAAUGGGUAGUUCACCUUCUUCUGCAAUGUCAAGCGCAGAAAGAGGCCGUGGCAGUGAUGGUGGUAGUGGUGAUGAAACUAGAAGAGAAGAGAAAGGGGGACACUCUCAAAAGAAGGCAAGGCGUAGGCGUUGGUUGCCGGAGUUGCAUAGGCGAUUCUUACAUGCUCUUCAACAGCUUGGUGGUUCUCAAGUUGCUACGCCAAAGCAAAUUAGGGAAUUAAUGAAGGUUGAUGGACUUACUAGUGAUGAAGUGAAAAGCCAUUUACAGAAAUUUCGUUUGCAUACAAGAAGACCAAGUCCUUCAAUUCACAACCACCCACAAGCACCCCAGUUUGUGGUGGUGGGAGGAAUAUGGAUUCCACCACCAGAAUACACAGCAGUGGCAACACCAGCACUACCCCCGUCACAGGCACCGGCUUCUAUACCACAAAUGCUACAAUGCAAGCAAUUGCAUUCAGCCGGAAUAUAUGAGCAGCCAUAGCGAUGACAGAAUGAAGCAAUCCAAGCAAUUGCAUUCACACCAAAGGGGCACCCACAGCAGUGACACUGUUCAUUGUAAUUCCUCUGCUACCUCUUGCUCCACACAUACCACCACAGCCUCCUCCAUGUUUUAGUUCUUUUUGUGUUAAGAGUGACGUAGAAAUUUUGUAACAAAUCCUUACAUAUACCUCUUUGUGAAGGAAAUGGUAUAUAUAUAUAUAUUUUUUGAAAUCCAACCAUCAAUGAUGAGUAGAGAGCAUGUAAAGAGGCAGGGACCAAGCCAGCAUAGGCUUAGGGGGCACU